AUGGUUGGAUGUAGUGCACUCCUUCAGUUUUCUGCCUACUCGACCGUAUCGUCUGCGAGCGUAUAUGCCAACUAUCUGGGUGGUUCUUCGGUUUUUGGUGGUCUCACCAUUGGGAUCCCCAAUGUACUCUCUGGCAUUGUGCUUAUCCCCAUCACCAAACUCGACCAAGGAAGAUACACCGGUCCGUUGAGAGUCAUCUGCGCUGCGCUUGUUGUCGGAAGUGGCUUGCAUGCGCUUGCCUAUCGAGCUCAUUUUCUGUACCUCAUCCUCAUUGGACGGAUGAUUUCCGGAAUCGGCUAUACGGGGUUUAUGUAUGCUCGAAGGUAUUGUACUGACCCUCGGCUGGUUGGCAUUCGACGACGCACGAUGCUCGCCAGCUGGCUCGUGAUCGGCCAAUCAUUCGGACUCAGUGCUGGCCCAUUUGUGUGCGGUCUGCUUUACAAAAUUGGAUUUUCCAACGACAUAUUCAACGGCCUGACCAGUCCGGGAUGGAUCGCCGCAUUUAACCUGCCUCGCGAAGAAGCUUUUGAGCUCGCACCAUCAAACCCGACCGACUCGGCCCCUCCAACUUCGCAAUCGCUAUCUAACAUCCAGAUGAGCAUUGUGCUCUUCAUUUGCUACGCAUCUGGAGCGUGUUUCUUCAUACUCGGCUCCUUCGAGUCGGCCAUUCCUGUUUAUCCCGCAUCAGCCUACAAAUUCUCUCCCUUUGCUGCAGGCAAUUUCAUUGCCCUUGGGGAACUAGCGACCUUUCCAUUCCUCUUACUCAAUGUUCGGUACGCGCCUCGCUAUCAGGACAGAUUAACACUCGCUGUUGGCUCCAUAAUCGGCGGCUGCGGACUACUCCUAGCGUUUAUUCUGGUCCUCACUCUACCACAUGUACCCAUCGGUGCAUUCUAUGUGUGCUGGUUCCUCGUUGCACUCGGCUUCAGCCUGGCGAGCACAUGUACUCUCAGUCUGCUCUCCAAGCGGCUGCCGGACUUGGGAGUCUGGAACAGACGUAUGAGCUUGGCGAUUCAAUAUUCAAAUUUUGUCGGGCGCGUUUCUGGCGCCAUCUUUGGCGGAGCAGCGAUGGAUAUCGGGAUGCAGCGAUACCUCGGAGCACUUCUUGGGCUCCUCGCGAGCGGUGGCGUAGUGUACUGCAUGCUGUGGAAGGAGCUAAAGUAUUGUGGCUCCGGGCCUUUAUUAGUAUCCAACUACUUUUCCUUCCCCCUCAUGGACCAGGGAACGACUCCCCUCAAGUUUCCUCGCCUCGUUUCCCUCCUUUUGGCGGGCGCAUGGGGGGCAAUCUCCCUCGGCAUUGCUAUCAACGCCUAUGUCAAGCAGCACGACGACAAGCAGCAAGCCUUGAGCGAAGCUCGUGGGCCAGUCAAGGUCCAUCUGAACACGAGCGACCUCUUCGCGUCGGGCACGGUUGUCACGGUUGUCUGCGGAAUAAUUAUGGUGCUCUGCUUUGUCUUUACGGGCGUCCUUCUCCUCGAUAGCAAUGCGCGCUCAAGCAUCGCCACGCGGUCUCUUCCCAUCCAGUUUGUCUCGCUCGGCUUCCUCGCAGUCUGGCUCUUCGCAAGUCAGAUCGCCGUCUCUAACAUCAUCGUGAUGCGAUCCAUAAAAGUCUCGGCUUCCAUUGACGGGAUCAGCGUCCCAGACAGCGUUCUGAAAACAGUUGAGAGAGCGCUCGGCGCGAAGACGGCAUACAAGGGCUAUGACUACUUGAAAUUGCUCGCCAUCCUCCCAUGGUUCACGGUCGUCUUCACCCUGGCCGCUGCAGUCGUCAGUUUUAUGGCCUUUUCCCGUCGCACGAAUAGGUCGUCCGAGAAAUACCCUCCAGCUCUUCCAAGCAAAGAAGUGCCGCCACAACCGAGCAGCUCUGCUUGA